AUGUCUGAGGAAAACAAGGAUAGCUCCACUGAGCUGAAUCCUCUUGUACUAUCUUCUGCUGAUGUUUUCACGGAGACAGCUCCUUCCGCAGUCAAUGAACCGUCCUCUAAUGAUACUGCCCCAGAACAACAAGCUGCCCCUGUGGAAGACGUUGUACUCCAACAAACGACGUCCGUGUCUGCAGACGAGCCAACAGUACCUGAAACUUUAGUCGAACCGGUCACUAUUAACAAAAAAGAACCUAUAAAUAAUAAUGAGCAGCAAAUUAUAGGAACACCUACGGUGGAAACAGCGGCUGUGGAAACACAUGUAGCCACCGAACCAUUAGUCGAUUCUACUUUUACCACCUCAAAUUUUGUUGCUGCCUCCAAUGUUGUCGCUGUUACUUCUGAUAUACCCGCUGAUCUUCCUGCACCCGUUCUAGAAACUUCACAACAAGAGAUUCCAGCCACUGUUCAAACUGCAGAACCUAUUACUAACCAUGUGACAGCUGAAGCCAAUCCCGCUUCAGUUAAAAUCAACAACACUGUGCCAACAGAAGUUAUUGCUGUUUCUACUGAGGUCAACUCUGAGCCGAUUGAAGUUGAAUCGGUGCUAGCUGAAACCGCACCUGCGGCAACUGAAUUCAUUUCUGUCCCAGCUGAAACAGUGCCUGCGCAUACAGAAAUUGCUUCUGCACUUAUUGAAAGCAAUCCUGAGCCAAUUGGGGAUAAUUCGGUGCCAACUGAAAACACUGAAGUUACCCCCGCACUAACGGAAACAACUGUAGUUCCAGCUGAAAUCAGUCUUAGGCAAACUGAUGUUGGCUCUGAACCAAUAGCCAAUACGGAUAUAACUGAAUCCCAUACAGAGCCCAUGGAAAUUGACAACGAUCUUAUUGAAGUCAUCAAUGCACCGACAGAAGUUUCUCCCGAAUCUAUGGAGGUUGACACCAUUCCAGCUGAAGCCAAUCAUUCACCUGCGGAAGUUACUCCUGCAUCAGUCGAAGUCACUCAUUUACCCGCCGAGGUUAUUUCGGCGCCAACUGAAGUUGAUAGUGAGGUUAUGGAGGUCGACUCUGUGUCAAAUGAAGCUGGGACUUUACCGGCUAAUAUUAUUCAGGCAUCAACUGAAGUUAUUCCUGUACCAGUAGAAGCUACAAAUUUACCUGCUGAAGUCACCACUGCAACAACUGAAGUCGACCCUGAGCCUAUGGAAGUUGACCCAGUUCCAACUGAAGUCAUUCCUUUACCAGUCGAAGCUACACACUUGCCUGCUGAAGUCGUUCCCUUAGCAUCUGAAGUCAACCCCAAGCCUACUGAGGUGGAUUCUGAAUCAAAAGAAGCACAAACUAAGCUGAGUGAAGUUGAAACUGAAUCAACUAAUGCUUCACUAGCUACAACUGAGCUUGAUUCAGCCAACGUUGAUAAUAAACCUGUUGAAGUUUCUUCCGCACCAACAGAAGUCAAUAAUAUACAAACAAGACCGGUACCAUCUGAAUCUGCCCAGCUACCAUCCCAACUUUCAGUACUUCAAACUGAAGUUUCUCAAACGAUGUCUCCUGCACCUCCAGUUCUACCAAAUAGUGAAACAUCUGGGACUUCUCUCAACCCUAAUGUAUCAACUGAAUUAAGUGAACAACCUUUGGCAUUACCAACUGAUGAAAACAAAUUAGCGAUUCUUAAAACAGCGGCUCGAUUUCUUUCUGUCGAACCCUUGCUUCUCGUAAAAAUGCCAGAAUCUAUUGUGGAAUCAAUUGUUUCUCAAGCUACCAAGCUGGAAACGUUAAAAAGUCAACAGAAGAUUGCUGAAAUCUCUUACGAACAAAAUAUUAAUGCCAAUAAAAAUAAAGUCACUCUUCUUUGCAAGCAAUUGGAGACUGCCUCCGCUGAGUCCACUUCUCUUCGCUCACGACUUUUAGAAGCUCAAAACAUUAAGUCAACAAUAGAACACGACUUUUUGACUGCAAAGAGCUCGUCAAGCACUCUUUCUGAUGAGCUUAUUUCAUUGAGGACUAGAAUUUCUACUUAUUCAGAUGAAAAGCGUCAAUUUCUGGAAAACAUCAAUCAAAAAGCUUCAGAGAUUAAAGACCUCCAAUCUGAUCGCGAAAGGCUUAGAAAGGAAGAAAUUGAGGCCCGCAAGUCUAUUAUCAACCUUGAAACACUGCUUCAGAAAUUCCAAUCUUCUCAAAUAUCCGUCCAAAUGCGCGAACAGAAUCAACAACAAGAAAUUUCUUUGUUAAAAAAGAAUAAUGAAUGGCUUGACAAUCAACUUAUGACUAAGUCCGAUGAGCUUAACAACUUUAGAAGUGAAAAACUUUUUGUCAUUUCUACCAUGCAGUCUGAUCUUUCUUCUUUACAGUCUUCUUAUCAAUCAUUAAAGAAAUCACACGACACUCUCAAAACACAAUAUGACCACACAUCAAAGCAACUCAGUGAUGCUCUAGUUAAGGUUAAGGAUCUUCAGGAUGCACAGGCAACUAAUGAAGAAACUUUCAGAGUUGAAAUGUCCUCACAAAAGCGACUGGCUGAUCUUUGGGAGCGCUCUGCAAAGGACUCUAAGAAACGUGUUGAAGAAGUUGAGAAUCUUCUUGAGUCUUUGCGAAAUAAUGAGUCCCAGAAUAUUGGUCAAUGGAAGGAGCUUGCUCAAAAGGAAAAAGCUCGUGCUGAUUCUUUGGCCAAGCAAAUUUCUUCUCUUGAAAGCCAGCUUGAAACUACAAUUAUUAACUCUGAACAGCCUAGUGAACCAGGAACUCCAUCAUCUAAGAAAGAAUCUGGUACUUCGUCUACUGUUGUCUUUUCUCCUUCAGCUAAAAUUAUUGCCGACAUUCAAAAAGGCGGUGGGUCGCUUGUUCAGUUAUACACAGAUUUCCAAGAAGCCCAAAGCCGGCUUGCCAGAGAACGUCACAAAAACAAUGCUUUGCGCGAGCAGAUGAAUGAAAUAAUGGAUGAGAUGGAACGACAUGCUCCUGCAAUUAUUGCUGAGCGUGAGGAAAAUAAGCGCCUUGAACAUGAACUUACUGAGAUGUCUAUUCAGUUAGAGGCCGCAAUUUCCACUUCUGACACUGCUUCUGAAAAACUUAAGACAACUGAAAUUAAGGUGCAAGAUUACGAAAAGGAAACCAAACUUCUUUCUCAGCAGGUCAACGAUCUUUCUCGCCAGGUCCAAAAUCUUAUUAUUCAGAAUGAUAUUUUGUCGCACCCGGAUCAACCAAUCACUCCAGAGGAGCAUACUGCUUUACAAAAGAUUCUUAAUGGCGGAUCUCUUGAAGAUUCUGAUACCGACAAGUUGAUUACACAACGAUUAGUAUUGUUUAAAAACUCAUUAGAUUUGCAACGCCAGAAUGCCAAUCUUUUAAAGAUUACACGUGAACUUGGAAAGAAGAUGGAAGAAAAGGAAAAGGAGAUGCAGCUGAAGCUUGAGGAUGUUGAAUCAGUUGCAGUUUCUGAUGCCAAAAAAGCCAUUGAAAGUCUUCAGACUGAAAUCGCGUCUAUCAACACUAAACUAGGUGCUGUCACUCGUGAGCGUGACAUGUUCCGACGUAUGCUAUCCACAAAGUCUGAAAAUGGAGUUUCACUUGCCACUGCUGUUGAAAACUCUUCUGAGGGCCAAGCCACUGCUCAAACCCAGCAUCUCAUUAAACAAAAUGAAAGACUUACUGCCCAUGUCAAGGAUCUUGAAACAGAAAUUUCCAAUAUGCGAACUGACACAGCUGCCACUAUCAAGGAGCUUGAUUCCAAGGCCGUUGGAUUGAUGAAUGAACGGUCUACUUUACAACUUCAAUUGGCUAAGACUGAGAGCCAAUUAGAGCUUGCUAACGAACGCCAAAAGCAUUUUAGCAGCAACCUCGAAAUUAUUAGAUCUGAAAAUGAAGAUUUCAAGAAGAGAUACCGAUCGAUGGAAGAAACAUUAACUAAGCAAGAACUUCGCGCCCAAAAACUUUCUGAGGAUCUUUUUGCAUCAUCUUCUUCAAUGGAAUCAAUCAAAAACGAGGUCGCUAAUCUUAGAGCUGAGCGAUCCAUCUGGAAAUCAAUUGAAGAGCGACUCAAUAAAGAAAACUCUGAAUUGAUUGAAGAGCGUGGACGUCUUAGUGGUCUUCUCGCAAAUUCUAAGUCUUUCGAAACCGAGAGAGCCAACUCUACUGCUGAAAUUACCAAUCGUCUUAAUUCUCAAAUUGCCAAACUUGAGUCAGAACUUGUCGCCCUGCGCAAGAAACUUGAUAUACAGACUGAAGAUGUUAAGAAUAUUUCUUUGCUCAAGGAAACGGAAGCCCAGAAUUAUCUUAAACGUAUUGAGCAGCUGACCACUGAUCUUGUCGCUGUUCGUCAAUCACUAGCCAGGGCUUGUGAUGAUCAUGAGAAGUUUAAAGCCGCUCAUGAUCUUGUCAAGACACAUCUUGCUUCUGCCCAAGAAAAGCUCAAGGCUUUGGAGGCUGCUUCUGUUCCAGAUCCCAAAUCACGCGAGUUUGUUCUUACACAGCAAGUCAACUCCUUUAAGAAGAAGCUCGAACUUGUUCAAGCUGAGCUUGAUCUUUCCAAGAAGAAUUUAGAACAACUUCGAGAAGUUGCCAAGGCCGCAGAAACUGCAUUGGAGGAAAUGAAUAGCACUCAUGACAAGUAUAAGGAAUCUACCGACAAGCAACUUACCGACAAAGAGGCUGAACUUGCUUCUUUCAAAAAACGGUUUGAAACUACCACCAAUAUUUUGAACAAAACUAAGGAGACCUAUUCCAAGAUUGACGGACAGCGUCUUAAACGUAUUCAGGAACUUACUGAAGAGCAAAAACGCUUACAAGGCAUUGUUGAUGUUUUGCAGACAAGUGAAGCCAAGUUCAAUGCUAAUAUCGAAAAGUUCAAAGCCGAUUUAGCUCAGCAAGUUUCAAUCGCCAAUAACGCUCGUCAAGAUUAUGAACAAGAGUUGGUAAAGCAUGCUGAAGCCGCAAAUGCUCUUAAGGUUCUUCGAGAGGAAGUUGCUGGUUCCAAGGCAUCUGAAGAAGAACUCAAGCGGGCUGCCCAAGUAGCUGUCGAAAAACUUGCUACAUCAGAAAGCAGUUGGGAGUCACAAAAGUUUACUUACGAAAACGAAAUUGAACAACUCAAGUCAAGAUUUGAUGAAACCACUUUGCAAAACAGACUUUUACUUGAUCAACUUGAAAGUGCCAACAACAGAAUUAACAAGAACCCUCCGUCAUACGAAGAUGCCACAACUUCUGAUGCCCAGCUUCGCGAGCUCGUCAACUUUUUGAAGAGAGAAAAGGAGAUUGUUGAUGUCAAAUACGAGCUUAAUUUACAGGAAACUAAGCGUCUGAAGCAGAAACUUGAGCAAACCACUACCUCACUUGACGAAACUCGUCUGAAACUUGAACGGUUAACUGAAGAGCAAAAGAAGGGAGGAAAUGGGGAUGAUCAAAAGAAACUUCAGGAUCAACUUAAUGACAUUAGCAUUUUGCGUGAAAGUAACUCUACAUUACGUCAGCAAAGCAACAUGUAUUCCAGAAAGGUUAAGACUCUUGAAGUCGAGAUUGAAAAACUUCGUGCUCGUGUCGAGCCUUUAGAGGCUCAAUUGCGUGAAUCGAAGGUUGAAAUUGAAGCCAAGGAAGCCCAAAUCAAGCUGGUGGAACAGGAGGCCAAUGACUGGAAGGCUAGAACUCAGAAUAUUUUGCACAAAUAUGAGCGUAUUGAUCCUAAGGUUGUUGCUGAUCUCAAGGCAGAGAAUGAAAAGAUUAAGAAAGAUUUUGCUAAUUCAACUCAAUCUUUGACUUCUCUCGCAACUAGAAUUACUUUGAAGGAUCAGGAGAUUUCUAAAAAGACUUUGGAACUUCAAAAGGCUGUUGGUGAUCUUGCCAAGGUUAAUGAACAGCUCAAGACUGUGGUUGCAGAGCAAACGAAGAGCAAGGAGGAAAUGGAAAAACUUAAGGAAGAAGUAAAGUACCAUGAGAAUCGGUUUAUUCGUGUUAGGGAGGAGUUUCUUGAAAAGCUUAAAAGGAACCGUGCCACUCUCAAGACCCAACUCGAUGCUCAGGAAGCUGAAAAGAAUACCCUUAGAACGGAGAUUACCAACUUAAAGGUAGAACUUGAGAAAAAGAACAACGAUGUUAAAGUUAUUGAUACUGAUGAGGUAUCGUCACUUAAGACAGAGCUUGCUCAAGUUAAGGAAUCACUGAGUACCAAGGAGGCUGAGUUGGCAAAAAUACCUGAGUCCAAACCAGUAAAUGAAGAGGUUUUGGAAAAAAAUAAUCGCAUCAAGGUACUUGAGGAGGAAGUUAACAAAUUGAGUGACCAAAUUCUUGAACUUCGACAAAAUAAGUUGAAGCAGCCGCCAGAUGCCGAGAUUGUUUCUCUGAAAAAGCAAAAUGCUGAAAUUCAGACGAAGCUGGCCAAGGUUUCUGAAGAAGCGCGCCAAAACUUUGAAAGCGAAUUGUUGCGAAAAACACAAGAAAUUCAGAAUGCUGCUCAGAAAAGGGUCGAUACUGCGGUGCAGAACUAUCAGAAGCUUAUGGAAGAACAGGCGAAAGAAAAUAGUAACCAGGACAACAAUGGCGGUGGUGUAAUUGUUCAAAGUGGUGACGAAGCUAUCAAGAAGCUUAACGAACAGCAUGAGGAGGCUAUCAAGACACUUAAGACUGAGGCUGCAAAUGAAAAGAAAAGGGCCCGAGACAUGGCCUUAAAGGAAAGUGAGAUGCGAAUCAAACUUUUGCAGGCCAAGGCGGAAAAAAAUGAACGCGAAAAGGGAUCACUUGCAGAGCAGAUUAAUGAGUUGAAAAACAAACUUGAAAUGCAGCAGAAACUUCCAAUUCCUCCAUUCUUUUCGCCAGGAAUGCCGUUUGGUAAUCCGUUUAUUCCCAAACAACAGCCUCAGCAGCUCCAACAACAACAACAUCAGCAGAUACAGCAGCAACAGCAGCAACAACAACAACUACAGCAACAGCAGCAGCAGCAACAACAACAACAACUACAACAACUACAGCAACCUCAGCAGCUCCAGCAAAAUGAUUUGAUUCCUGGAGUUUUGGCUGCGAAAAAGCAACAACAAGAAAACGGGACUAGUACGCAACAAGCGCCGGGAACUUCUGCUCUUUCUGUCACUCCAGGUAGUACACAAAUUCCACGCAAUGCAUCACGGUUACCGAUUCGCACAAUUGGUGCUCCAGCAACACUACCGGAUACAUCACCUGCAGCUGCAUCAGUGACUGCAGGUGCUGCAGUUGCUAAGCGAGGUCCUGUUGUAAGUGGGGUUCCAGCUUUUGUUGGACACACGCCUGGAGGAGGAAAUGUGAUUAAUUUGACAUCGAUUGAGCCUGGACAAAUGGUCAAGCCAACCGGCCUCUCAAUUUCACAGCCUGCUACCCGGAACUCGUCGCCGCAACCCCCGGUGACUACUACCACUACUACGGCAUCGCCUGGACUAACAAUAACCGCUGUUGUGCCAUCAAAUUCACCUACUGGUUCAUUAGGUGCUACAUCUGCUACUUCUUCAACUGCUGGGUUGUCUUUACCAACGGCGCCUAGCGCUUCUCCAUUUACAAUUAUUCCUUCAGGACCUUCUGUUACCAACAGCAACAGCAAUAAUACCAUAAUUGCAGGUGCAGGUGCAGGUGCAGGAUUAAAACGGUCUAACGAGACCGUUGAGUCUGGAGGGAAAAUUAAGGAUGCUGGUGGAAAUAACGGACAACCGGAAGCGAAAAGACGGCGAGAAGGUGAUGAUGGUGGAUUGGAGGCUGAGACUGGAUCUUCGAAUAAUCAUAACAACCAUAAUAACAACAACAAUAAUAAUAACGGCAAUAAUAAUAAUAACAACAACAACAACAACAACAAUCAUCAUCAAAAUGUAAGUUGA